AUGGAGGGCAUUCAGAGCGACCUCGACGUCAUCCGCGGUGCCCUCGCCAGGUCGCUUUGCCCCGCAGCAGCAACGCCGGCCGCGGCGGCGUACGAUGCGGAGAAGGACGGGCGCCACGGUGGCGCUGCAGAGGGCCCAGGCAGCGGCGGUCACCAGCGGGCGGGGAUGCCUCAGUCCCCCAGCACCGACGCCGGGGUUGACUGCGACCGGCUGGAGCUGGCGCGGCUGCGGGAGCAGGUCUCCCUGUUGUCCUCCUGCGAGGCCGAAAAGGCGCGGCUCGAGGUGGAAGUGGCCUCCAAGGAGGCAGCGCUACGGCAGUGCGCCCAGGCGUCCCACACCGUGCUGCAGCGAGAAAAGGAGCAGCAGGAGCAGCUGCAUCGUGCCACGGCGGCGCUGCAGGAGAAGCAGGCGGAGCUGACGAUGUGGCGUGAGCGACACCAGCGGCUGCAGCGCGAGGCGGACUUGCUGCGGCAGGAGCUGGACGCCUUGGCCGGGCAGUGCGACCGCCUCGAGGCGGCGGUGGGUGAGCUGCGCGAGGCGGUUCUGCAGGUGGCUGCGGAGAACGACAGACUGCGUACAGCCCUUCAUGGGACGGAGGCAGAGUGUGAAGAGCUGCGGCGCCGGCAGGAGGAGCACGACGCUGUCGUUGAACGCGAAGCCGCGCUGCGGGAUGAACUGCAGGCGAUACACACAACAUAUUCGGAGUCGCUGGCGUACCUCACAGCCGCGCGGGCCGAGAUUGAGGCGCGGCGGCAGUACUGGGCCUCCGUGCAGGAGGAACAUGCCUCCCUGCAGGAGGCUCUUGCGGCGGCACAAGCGGCCGUGUGUGUGUGGGAGGCACGCUUUGUGUCAGAGCAGGCGGCCCCACCCGCAUCGCCGCACAGCGCGACGCGUGAGAACGCCGCCACCAGCCUCCCUGGCGACGACGAUGGCGGCGGCGGCUCCUGCACAGGGGACGAGGGCGAGAGCCACGAGGCCCACUUGGCGGCGUUGGAGGCGAAAGUUGUUGAUCUUGCUUUGCACCUGCAGGAGCAGCGCGCGGCGGCGGCGGCGGCGGAGGAAGGUUAUGCGACACUCGCAUCCGCCGUGACGCUGGAGAGCCGCGAGCUCCUUGAGAUGCGACGUUUGCUCGCGGCGCAGAGGCCCGAGUGGACACGCCUGUCCGACACAAACCAGCAGCUGCAGGCCGCUUUGCUGGCAUGUGAGAGUCACGUCGAGGCGCUGCAGGAGUUGGCCGUCUCCCUCCUCGACGAACUCACCGAGCAGUCUUUGUACGCCUACGAGCUGGAGACGCAGCUGGCGGUGAAGGUCGUUAAGGGCGGCGGUGGCGGGACGGCUGCGCCACGUCGGUCAACCGCUCUGCACUUCAUGCAGCGGCAGCAGCACCUGAAGGCUUGCGCCAGCGGAAGGCUGAAUUAG